AUGGACAGCGGUCUCAACGCUGAGCGAAUCCUAGCGCCGGACACGACAAAUGGAUUUCUCUGGAUCCUCAUCGUGGGCACUUUCGGUGCCUUCUUUGCUGCUUUCGGCAUCGGAGCCAACGAUGUCGCCAACGCGUUCGCCACCUCCGUGGGGGCCAAGGCCCUGACCCUCCGCCAGGCCGUGGUGCUGGCCGGUAUCUUCGAAUUCCUGGGCGCUGUGUUCCUGGGCUCGCACGUUACCAGCACCAUUCGCUCUGGCACCGCGGACAUCGAGUGCUUCACGGACAACCCGGGGAUCCUCAUGUACGGCAACAUGUGCGUCGUGUACACGAACGGGAUCUGGCUCCUGCUGGCCUCCUUCUUUGAGCUGCCCGUGUCCACCACCCACUCCACCAUCGGGGGCAUCGUCGGGAUGACCAUGACCUACCGCGGCGCCGACUGCGUGGUCUGGUACGAGGAGGCCGACCACUUCCCCUACAUCAAGGGUGUAUUCGCCAUCGUGGUCUCUUGGGCGCUGUUCCCCGUGCUAUCAGGUGUCGUCGCCACCCUGCUGUUCUUCGUCGUGCGGGCGCUCGUGCUUCGGUCCGAGCACGCUCUCAACCGUUCCAUGAUUGUCUUCCCGUUGCUGGUAACCGUCACCAUUGCCAUCGAGGUUUUCUUCCUCGUGUACAAGGGGGCCAAUGGCCUUAGCCUGGACAACCCCUCUGUCGGCACGGCCUUCGCAUGGGCCUUCGGUCUUGGAGUGGGCGUCGGCCUCCUGAUGAUCCCCACGGUGCUCUCCUUCAUGAGGUCCAAGAUUGAAGCCAAGUUCAACGAGGACGGCACCCUCAAGCCGGUGGCCGUCGACGUGAAGGAAGAGGCCACCGGCGGCGUGGCGAGGUUCGUGCAGCUCCAGCUCGACCAGGACGUUCACGCCACCGUCAAGGACAACGACUACGUAGACGCCAUCCACGAGAACGCCGAGAGGUCCGACCCCCGAACGGAGCAGGCCUUCAAGUACGUGCAGGUGUUUACGGCUAUCUGCGACUCCUUCUCUCACGGAGCAAACGACGUUGCCAACGCCAUGGGACCCUUCGCGUCUAUCUACAUCGUCUACACCACUGGCGUGGUUGAAGAGGAAAAGAACUUGGGCAACGACAUGUUUUGGAUCUUAGCCCUGGGGGGCGCUGGGAUCGUCGCCGGGCUCACGAUUUACGGCUACAAGAUAAUCUCUGCCAUCGGCGUAAAGAUCCCGAAGGUCACUCCGUCCCGUUGUUUCUCGAUCAAACUCGGGUCCGCGAUCAUGAUCAUCAUCGGCACCCGGCUCGAGAUCCCCUUCUCCCCCACCCACUGUAAGGUUGGGGCUACUACCGGCGUGGCCCUUCUCGAGGGACUCGACGGGAUCAACCUCAAUGUCGUCGGGAAGACCGUGUUGGGGUGGAUCACCACCAGCUUGGUAUGCGGUAUCACCUGCUCCGGGCUUUUCGCGCAGGGGGCCUAUGCGCCCUACGCCUACGACACCAUCGAUAUGUCGCCAUCAACUUCUUCUUUCCCUUGA